AUGGGCUGCUGUCUGACGUCAUGGUGUGACUUCCGGCCUCGAUCUGAACGCUUUCGGGAGCACUAUGAGCUUGGUAAGAAGCUCGGGGAAGGCGCGUUCUCGGUGGUCCGUCGUGCGAUACACAAGGAGACCAAAAAGGUGUACGCCGUCAAGUGCUACCGCAAGACAAGGUUGACGUCGCGGGAUGCCGAGGACAUCCACUACGAAGUGUCGAUUCUGCAGCAGAUGCACCACCCCAACAUCAUCAACUUGUAUGGGUUCUAUGACGAGCCAGAGUACUUCUACAUGGUCAUGGACUUGGUCGAAGGCGGCGAGCUGUUUGACGAGCUCUUGGAAAAGUUGCAUUACUCGGAGAAGGAAGCGCGGGACGUCAUCAAGGUCGUGUUGCAAGCCAUAGAGUACUGCCAUCGCUUGGGCAUCGUCCAUCGCGACCUCAAGCCAGACAACAUUCUCCUCACAAGCCGUCAUCACGGCGAUGGCGCGUCCAUCAAGAUCGCCGACUUUGGCUUUGCCAAACAGGUCGAGAACGACCACGACACGCUGCUGUCGUCGUGCGGCACGCCCGAGUACAUCGCGCCCGAGAUCGUGCACAACGUCCUCCACCGGGAGCACAAGACGCCGUACGGCAAGGCCGUGGACAUUUGGGCUAUCGGCGUCAUGACAUUCUUCCUCCUCUCGGGGGUCACGCCCUUCCACUCGUCCAACCAAUCGGUCAUGCUGCGGAAAAUUGGCCAAGCAGACUUCCGCUUCCUGCCGCCGUACUGGGACAACGUUUCCGACGAGGCCAAGGCCUUUGUGGCCCGCAUGUUGACCGUCAACCCCAAGGAUCGCGCCACAGCCAGCGAAUUGCUACACGAUCCUUGGAUUGUCGAGCAUGACAUUCCGGCGGAGCCAUUGCCUCAAGUCCUGCGGCGAAUCCAAGCGCGACAUCGGCUCAAAAUGGCCAUAUCGACUGUAAACCUACUUACUACUUACCUUAACUGUCAUGUUCCCUCACGUUAGUUUGUGCCAGCCUGUUGUAUAUGUUAUUGUGCUUUUCACUGAAGUUGGACUGUUCAGAAUCGAUUUGAGUCUGAUUUUAAGCUUAUUCAAGGUAACGUUAUGGUAACGUUAUCUUACGGAUGAUAUACAUUUGAAGACCAACAGUUGUCAAACACUACUAGUCCAUGAUUGGUUGAAAUGUCUCGAUCCGUUUACUUUGAUUGGCCAAGACAUGCUCAAAUCCAUUUGUGUCCUACUUGGAAUGAAUGAUUUGACACACUCUUUGCGUAGGUGCACACGACCGUCCUCAUCGACAGCAGCAGCCGGCGGCGUCGGCGCAGUUUCGUGGCCAACACCCCCUCUUCCCCCUCUUCCCCCCUCCCCCCUCACUCUUAAAGCACAAACACCGUCGCAUAUAUCAUAUACACACUCGGUCGUGUAUAUAUAUUAUCCCAUGCACUCUUCAUCUUCGCCUCGUGUUGUUGUUGGUCCUACAAAGGCGUGGGCUCAAACUCAAAUGGCUCGGGGGCGUCGGCCUCUUCUUCCGC